UUAAUAUAGAGAAGGAAGAUCCUUAAGUUUGAAGGAGAAUGAUUCAGAUAUCGAAGCUCGCUCGCGGGAAAGGAUAAAAAUAAAGCGAAUGAUCGCUAAGCUGAAGCCGAGAUCAAAGCGCGUGAAAUCGAGUUCGGAAAGCAGAAAAGAAAAUGGCAAGGGCAAAGAUAUUCGAAGACGGCCCUUCAUCAAAAACAGAAGUCUGCAAAAAUCCAAAGAAAAUACUGACAGCAACAACACGGAAAAGCCAACAGACGUAGAAAAUGAGACUAAAACAAAAACGAUCUCAAAACCGAUAAGAGCACAUUCCAGCUGGGGUCGUCCUCCUAUUGAUUUCUCGCUUCGUCUGUCAAACAUUGCUUCGACCGUACGAGUCCGUGACCUCAAGAGCGCCCUACUCGAACGCGGAGUCAAGCCGAGCAAUAUCACCUGGCGCGGUCAGCGAGGCUUUUGUUACCUGCACUUUGGUAAGCUGCGUAAGCGCAAUAAUCCCCAGAACCAGCCGAUUCAGGUCGAUUCGAUCGUUGCCAACCUUCAGCAGUUGAAAAUCGGGGAUCAGACGCCUGAGGCGCCCAGUACUUUUAUCACCGUCGAACCUGCCGAGCCGGUUUCUCGGAUCGAGGUCACCGACGUUACUACUGUCUAGGGUUUUUCUUUCUCUUCCAAAAGUUUACGUAGUGGGUUCGUGAUGACGAUUUAGUAUAUACUACUGCGAGUUUGAAUAUUUACAAUUUGUUGUGAUUGCGGACUCUGUUACCACAUUAGAGUUUUAUGAUUUUCACUGUUUCAGUAUGAUUUAUUUAAAGUAGAUUUAUUUAUUAUUAUUAUUUUGUUUUUUUUUGGUACAUAAAGUAAAGGUUGAAUUUGUUGAAUGAUUGUUGUCGAUUUAAAAGUUUAUCAUUAAGUUUUCUAGUUCCUUAAGAGCUAUUUUUAUGAUUUUCAAAAAUUAUGAACCCACUACCGCAUCGAGUACAAUUCACUAGUUAGGUUUUAUUCGUUGCAUAAAUGCUAGAUUCUCUAAUGAACAAGAGAUCACUAUAGCAUCCUACUUCUAAAAAAACUUUGUAUUUUUAAGGAAUCAAAGUAUUCCGAGCUAAUGUUACUGAUAAACAUUCACAGACUGACACUAGUUUGUAAAAAUCGUAAGAAACUGGUUUUCCUGUGCAAAUGACGAGUAUUUUCAUAACGUCUUUCAAUAAUUAUGAUUUAGAAUAAGAUAGUAACGUCAUGAAAAAAAAAAAAAAAAGAAAACCGAGUCAUUAUCAAAUGCAAUAAUUGAUAAAGUGAUAAGUAUAACUUGCCUUCCAACCAUUUAUCAUGUAUGGUUGUUUUUCGCACACUCGUUGAGAGUUUCUAGCGCUAAAAAAAAAAAAAAAAAAAUGUGCCGAAAAAAUUGAGAUUAAAGAUGAUUGUCUCUGUGUAUUAACUUUUUUGUGAUAUUAACAACUAGUUUUUGCAUUUACGGCAUUGUUAUUAAUUCUGGGAUUAUAAGCAUUUGCCUGAAGUAUUGCUUAACAUUCUUAACAAUCUUGUGUUCAAUUGCUUAUUUUGCCCAAUUGUAAUUUAAAUUCAGUUGAUUAGUUACUGAUUUUCAUCAAGCCAAAUGAUUUAUUUUCUAAGCACUUACUACAUUAAUGUGCCUGAAACUAAUUAGGUAACUCAUAUCGAUCCAACUCUAUUCGAUCAUCAGUAGAUGAUUGUUGUUU